UUAAGUUUUUCUUGCUAUAUCUCUGAUGCCAACGCAGGUAGCUCCGAGUGCUUGCCGCGUCGUACAAAAUACGGUUUGGUGUGUGUCUGCACUGCAACGCAUUGCGAUUAUUUGGAGAAUCCACAGCCAAAUGAUAAUGAGGUUGUCGUAGUCUCCUCAAGCAAGGAAGGUCUCCGCUUUGCUGUGAGCAAUUUACGUUUUGGCGAAAAUUCAACUAUAACCAAAUCAAAUCCGUUGGGCAGUUCAGCUGAAGAAGAAGAAGAGUUUAAAAAUGCAGCGGUGAUUGUCGAUAGUGGGCAAACAUUCGCACAGCUUUUGCUCAAUACAACUAAAAUUCUAACUUCCAGACUUACCUCGAAUGGACCCCUCGAGUUGCAGGUAGACCGUUCGGUGGAAUAUCAAAAAAUUACUGGUUUUGGUGGUGCCGUCACUGGCACUGUUUCCUAUUUAUUGGAACUUUUAGAUCAGCAGUUGCAGGAUCAUAUUUUCAAGUCAUAUUAUCAUAAGGAUGGCCUCGGUUUCAAUCUUUUGCGUACACCAAUUGGCGGCUGUGAUUUCGACAUGGCACCGUGGGCGUAUAAUGAAGAGCCACGCGACGAUCCGAAGCUUUCAAAUUUUACUAAGUUAGAUCCACACGAUGAAUUGAAAGUUGCGCAUCUAAAACGUCUGAAAUCGGUAUCCAACUUGGAUGAUCUAAAGAUAAUGGCGGCUGCUUGGAGUCCACCGCCGUGGAUGAAAUCGAAUGGUGUAUGGUCUGGUUUUGGUGUGCUGAAGACGGAAUAUUAUCAGGCUUGGGCCGAUUAUCACUUAAGAUUUAUAGAGUUAAUGGAUGCUAAAAAUAUGCCGAUUUGGGCCAUAUCAACUGGUAAUGAGCCGCUUAACGGAAUCGCUUUCUUCUUCUUCGUUCAUUUCAUGAGUCUUGGAUGGAUACCAAAGAAUCAGGCUAUUUGGUUGAACGACUUCCUCGGUCCGACAAUACGGAAUUCCAAAUAUAAAGAUGUGCUGAUAUUCGGCAAUGAUGAUCAACGAUUUUCAUUUCCGACGUGGUUUAAUAGGAUGAAUAGCACUCGACCCGGCGUUCUCAAUUAUCUCGACGGUUUCGCCGUGCACUGGUAUUGGGAUGAAGUAUUUGCGCCCAGUCUAAUGGAUCUGACGCUGAAACAAAUGCCCGAUAAACUUCUUUUAAAUACGGAAUCCUGCAUAGGAGACAAGCCGUGGCAAACUCACGGCCCUGAAUUGGGCUCGUGGGAGCGUGGCGAACAAUAUGCUGUUGAUUUUUUACAUAAUCUGAAACAUUCCUACAACGGUUGGAUCGAUUGGAAUAUUAUAUUGGAUGAGCAGGGUGGACCAAGCUAUGUUAAUAACACUGUAGAUUCGCCAGUUAUUGUGAAUGCGACAAAUCGCGCUGAAAUCUACAAACAACCAAGUUUUUACGCAAUGGGCCACUUUUCGAAGUUCGUGCCAGAGGGUUCGGUGCGUAUUGAGGCGCAAUUGUUGAGUUUAUCCGUGGAGACGGUGGCUUUCAAGAGGCCGGAUGGGCGCAUUGCAGUGGUGCUACUUAAUAGCGAAAAUAAUCCCGUCGAUGUACUACUGAAUGAUAAGGAUCGCGGUGAGGUAUUAAUCAGUAUACCAGCCAAUUCCUGGCAUACAAUUCUUUAUACAUAAUUAUGUAUAUUUAGGUAUGCUGAGCGAUUGUGAUCGAAAUGUUGUUGUAAAUAAAUUUCCAUUAUUUUGAAUUAUUUAAAUAGAGUUAUUUUCCUUCUGCUUUAUUAGCGCAGGCGCCGCCAAUUAGAAACAGCAAGUAAAGUCAGGACUCUCUCUCCGCCUAAUCUUUCCAACAGAGUAAAGGUUUGGCUCUGCCUCUCUUUCCAUCAGUUUGUUAAUGCAACGAAUACAGUGAAAACUGCCAAAAACUGUG